AUUUUAAUGGAUUUAUUUGUACAGCUAUAAAAAAAGGCUACGAAGUUCGUAUUGCUUCACCAUGUGUUUUACAGCUCCUGCACAUGUGACUCAUCAAUACGUUCUACCCAAACAUGCAUGCGCUCUUGACCUCUGUUUUCUCUCCCUCGGCUGCACUGCCACAGGUCUCUUUUACACGUGGACAUGUUAUCAGACCCCAACAGGCUUGUUAUCGUCUUGUUGUGCUCUAGGCUUUUCUUUGCGCUAGACUUGUUUUCUCCAGUCACCUCUCUCGGACUGCAGAGAUCAUGGCUCUCCUAAGGGACGCUGAAUCUCUCGUCGUCGCCAAGUCCGUCGACCUACAAAUCCUCAACUCCUCAGGCAACGAGUUCCGAAAACUCAAGCCCUCUGCUUCCGGGAACCCGUAUGACAAAAUCGUCGUUGGAGCGGCUACUUUGCGGCACGCAUCAGACUCAACGGGGGCGGAAACGCCAACCAUCUUGCUUUUGAAGAGAGCGCCCCACGAGCCUUACUUCCCCAACGUCUUCGAAUUGCCCAGCGGCAAGGUCGACCCCGGCGAUCCCAGCCUCAAAGCCGCCCUCGUAAGAGAGGUGCACGAGGAGACCGGUCUGAAUGUUACCGAGGUUCUUGCCGAACUGAAGCCGAUGGUGUACACCACCGAAAAGGCCAUCACUGAUAAUACCAAUCGGGAUGUUAUCGUUUCCAGGACUGCUAUUCAGCUCAAUUACGUCACGCUGGUCUCGAAGGGAGAGGUCAAUAUCAACACGGACGAGCAUUCGGAAAGCUGCUGGGUUAGCGAAGCGGAGUCGCACUCGCUGGACAUUACGAUGGCCAUGAGAGCAGUAGUCCAUGAAGCAUUCCAGUGGGCUACCACUGGCUAGUCAGACAUGAAGCAAUGGGAAAGUAUCUUAUGCAGCUGGACCACGCAAUGGAGAGCAGGAGUUCUAUAUGAGCGAGGCUGAAUCUACAGUCGAUCCCGCAAUAGACUUGCAGUUGUCAGGCUGUUACAGUUGGUCUCCGUUUGCAAGCUUCACGGUAUACCACUCAAAUCAAUAUAAUAUACAAUAUACAAUAUAUAGAAAACCUAGAUCUUCUUGUCCUUAUAUAACUUCAACAUACCUAUUACUCCUGUAUCUUUGCAA